CCAUGGGCGGUAAGCCGAAGGAUGCGUUCUCAUGUGAACAUUCCUGGAGUGGUAGUGUCAUGGCAUGAUUAACCUCAAACUCAUAUCGCGUAUGAAAAUAAGAAAGUGCCGAUAAUGUUGUUGAUAAAUUUAAAUUCACGUUUAUGCAUAAAAUAUCCAGCACCAGCUAAAAUAAUUCGAUUCUCGAGUGGUGCAGUGGCAACAAUACAAAAUCAAACCGAAAAAGUUGAAUAUCCUCCAAUACUAGAUACUCGCUUUAAAGCAUCUUACAGGAGAUACCUGGAGAAAAAACACGAUGCGGUGAAGAAUGUCAAAACUGUCGAGGAAAAGAUGAUAAAACUUAAUAUGCCGAAAUAUUGGGGAUUUAAAACGCUAAUGUAUGAAGAGGGAAGGAUUUUUUAUAAUGAGCUGCCGCAUGCUCAGUACAUCACGAGAACGCAUGUUAUGAGGGAGCCAAAAUUGCCGGACAGUUAUGACAAUCUGAUGGCAUCCGAUGAUUUGGAGGGAUUGGUCAAGGAGAUUAAGGAGUUGUUUGACGAUGGAAUUGCUUUUGAACUUGUUGGUAGAAGUCGAGCCCAGGAAAUAUCCGAUGAAAUGCUCAAGAAACCCGACAAGAAAGAAAACUGGGUGGGUGAGAUUGUAGCAAAACAAACAAAUCGAAUUUUAACGUCAAUCCUAGUCAGUCGUUAUCCUCAUCUUCUCUCAACUGAGGUUGAUUUCAAUCCUCGAGUGGAAGCUUUUUGGUUUGCGGGGGGCAUUGAGCUCCACCCCGGCAUAAUUAAUUUAAGAAAGCGCAAGAGCUGGCACGACGUACUUGAUGAACCGAACGAUAGAGCCCUUCAAUACUUAGGGAGUCCAUCGCUACAUUUGAGACACAGACUACCCUUGAGAGAAAUUAUGCCGUUAUCCGAGUGUGAAAAUCCAGAAUACGAUAUUCCCACAUUCAAAUAUGAUCCAAGGACACAGGGGCACAGUGCACAACGAAGACAUGGAACGAGUAUACCUGGAUUUUGGCCGGGAGAUGUCAAUGAAUUUGGACUCAUGUCGUAUCACAAACGGGGCUAUAUGCUAACAAGAUUGGGAGACGAUGGACUUGAGGCAUUGAAGACUCAGGCUAUUUUUGCGAACUGGGGAUGGCUGCUGGCUCAAGCCUGUCAUCUAGGCUUUUCGACGUACAAUGAUAUUACAUAUCCCCUAGUAAAUCAAGCUGUGAUCACAAAUGGCCAAUGGUGGUCGUUCAGCGUGUACCAAUUGAAUACAACUCUCGUGAACAAUUGGCACAAUGAUUCAAAUCCAAAACGAAAUAUUUUAUGGAUGACGGAACCCAUGAAGCUGUAUGAGACAAUAGAGAAUGGCAAACUCAUCGGCGUGAAUGAUGAUGUACUAAAAACUCUGAUCAAAUUUUACGCCAAUGCACCAGAAGAGAGGGAAGGGGUGGUUAGUAAACCGUACCUGGGGGAAGAUGAAAAAUUGACGGCCGAUAUUGAACACGAUGACAGAAGGAAUUUCGUUGAGAACUGUUACAAAUUACUGAUGUCUAACAGACCUCGGCACAAAGUACCACCUGAGCUUUAUCACUGGGAGUGGAUAUACAAACAUCUAUUCAAAACCCGACCACUUGAUAAGCGUCGCACUCCAUGGGAUUAUGGCAUCAAUCCAUACACCCGCAGACUUGAUGAGCAUCGACUUAAAUACAUCCCAAAGAAGUUUAGACCUGUAAAUAAACCGCGAGACAAGUACGCUCCGAACUAUUAUCCAUGAUGUUAUUAUUCAUAAUUAUAGUAUUGUAAAAAUGAAUAAAACCAGUGAA